AUGUCGGACGACGGGCUCAAGGCCCUCGUUACACGUCUUGCGGCCGCCUGGAAGAGGGCCGAAGCCGGGGACAAGGUAGAAGGCAAGCGAUGCGAGGACAUUCUGAGGAGCAUCUCCAUGCACGAGGUCACGGCCAAGGACCUCGUCGAGACCGGGUGCGCCAAACUCACACGCGUCAUCGCUGCGUCCAAGAACGCGGAGCUAGCGGCCUUGGCGCAGAAGCUCUCAACGUCGUGGGUGGCACACAUCCGCAAAUCCAAGGCUCAACCGAAGCCGAAACAACAGACCGCGCCACAACGGACCGCGCCGCCCUCCAGCGCUUCUCCGCCCGCGCGCCCCGCGGGCCGCGGCGCGAGCAUCGAGGGGCGGGAACACAAACAAGUCAGGAGCGCAACGGCGCCGCAGCAAAAGGCGAAAGAGGACGCGACUUCCGCGCAACGCCGCGCCGCGGAAGCGCUGGAGUUCGCGCACAAGGUGCAGGAGCACGUGACGUUCACGGGCAACGGGACGCGCGACAUGGCGCGCACCGCGAUGGCCAAGGCCUUUGCGUCGCACGGCAGCGGCCGUCGUUCUGCGCCGGAGAAGGUGGCGGAAGUGGUCGACGAGAUGGAGGCGGGGCUGUUCGACAUGGCGGGCAGCACGGGGGCGUCCGAGUACCAGGUGCGGUACCGGGCGCUGCUGCAGGCCAUCAAGCAGAACGACGACCUGCGGCAGCACGUGCUGGACGGCAGCGUGGGCGCGCGGCACUUGGCGGCGCUGCCCGCCGCGGACCUGAUGCCUGCGAAGGUCAAACAGCGGCUCGAGGCGGUCAAGAAGGAGCGGCUGGAGGCGAUCAUGCAGGUCGAGGACGAGGGCGCGGCGACGGACAUGUUUGUGUGUCCGCGGUGCAAGUCGCGCAACUGCGUGUACAAGCAAAAGGAGGCCAGGCCCGCGCGGUGGCCGGCGUUCUCGGACGAGGCCGCACCGGCGUUCGUGACGUGCCGGGACUGCGCGCACCGCUGGGUGGAUGACUGA